GAAAUUUUUGGUCGACAAAUAUCAUCCGUUUUCGCUUACUAGCACUCCAAUUUCUCUAAAGAAUUUCUCUCUGCGAAUUUUUAAUGACAAAGGAGUACAGCUGGAAGCCAAUGUUUCAGUGCUAUAUUGCAACAAACAUACGAGAAUGUAUCGCCAGAGUUGCGGAAUCGAUCAAUUCGCGAUGCAAAAAAUCUUCAUUAUCGAGCUAUCUCGUACGCAUCAUCAGGAUUAUUAUUUUUUUUCUCCAUCGCUCUGCGAAAAAUUCUAAUUUAUGAAUUUGCACGAUUCAGAAUGGCAGAGUUGGUUGACUCAACCUUCACAAAUAUGUACGCCUUAUUAGUUGUGUUGAACACAGUAUUAAUCAGUGUGACAGGAUUAGAAACAAUUUUAAUGAUGGAUCAACCAUCCGAAAUGGCUCGGUUCUUUCUGUGUGCUAUAAGCUUCGCAGCGCAUUUGAUGAUUUUAAGUGUGCCAAGCCAAGAAAUACUCGAUCAUAGUAGUCAAUUAUCUGAAGCUAUUUAUGCCAGUAACUGGAUGGAAAUGUCCAUAAAGGACAGACAAUUGAUAUCCAUUAUGUUGAUGAGAAGUCGGAAGCCACUUUGCCUGACGGCUGGUAGAUUCUAUCACAUCCACGUGGAGAAUUUCUCUCAGGUACUGAAGAAAUCAUUCUCGUACUUCACCGUUUUGAUAUCGUCUCGAUGAUCGAAUUGGUGAACAUUACAAUUUUUAUUCAACUGAUUAUUGGUAAUAUUCACCACAGAUGGACAAUAAUCUUAUUACCCAAGAAUAG